AAAUGCCCAACUUAUUUGUACCAAAAUGGAAAUCUGACCUCCUUGUGUUAUUGUUUGAAACGACGCUGUUUUAAUUGGCAUUCUAACUUUCUUCGCCGCUCCCUCCAUUUCGCUUCUUUACGACGCCGUUUUAUGCACCGCCGUUCUCCACAUCCAACGCCGUCAUCGCCUCUGAUGCAUAAACAGAGAAGCGAGCUUCCCCAUCCUUUGUGUCAAUGGCGCAGCGAUUAGGUAUGCUAAAAGCCGCCGGCGGUGACAACGGAUGCAUGUUAGCGCUCUUGAGGUGGUUCCACAUAAUGCCUCCACUGUUGGAUGGGUCCCUCCACCGGACGAUCGCUCCUCCACAGAUGGUUUCGCCGGAGUUUGAUCCGAACCCAGAUAACAGCAGUAGCAGAUACACUGGGCUCCCGAGUUUCUCUUCCGGUGGAUCCAUGGAACUGAUGGCUGUCCCCAAGAAGAAGGUGUCUCCCCAUAAGAGGGGUAUAAGAAAUGGACCAAAGGCUUUGAAACCAACACCAGUGAUUAUUCGUUGCAGGAGUUGUGGGAGAGUGAAGCUACCACAUUUCUACUGUUGUAGUGGGGACAGGGGGAACACUGGCGAGCAAAAUAACUAAACAAACAGCCCUUUAUUAUCUCCCAGCUGAGAUAAGUGAACUAUAGAGUUCAACACGUAGGUUUGACAUAACUAUGGUUGAAACUUUAUGCAAUUAUCAGCAAUUCGAAUUGACGUUUUGUAGGAAUAUCAAUUGCAUGAUGCUACUACUCUGUUUAUCAAUUGCAUUAUGCUACUAUUUUGUUUGCCCCCUUUGUUAAUAUUUUUCAAGAUUUUUUUACUGUUGGAA